UAUUCACUAGAAGUGUGCCACAGAUGAGAAGACAAAUUUUCGUUCAUCUCCUCUUUGCAUGGCUUCUGAUUGCAGCCUCUGCACUUAAUCACGUCGCUGCUAAUGUUCAGAACAUGCAGUCAGUUCAUUUCAAGCUCAGAACCAUACAGGCUAGCCCAAAGCCGCACACUGGACAUGUCAUACCUUCAUGGGCUAAAGAAGAGAAGAAUCGUAAAAGCCCAUCAGGGCCUAACCCUAUAGGUAAUCACCGGCCGCCAUCUAAACCAUAAAGGGGUGGAAACACUCAUUCUUCGGCAGCAUUCCGUAGAGACAUCAAUAGUCAUUUCUCUCAAGUCA